CACCUUUCGUUUCUCCUCGCACACUCUGCUCCCUUCUCACAUAUCUCACACAUCCGAGAAGAAACUUUUCAAAAAAUGGCGUUGCUUGUAGAGAAGACGUCGAGUGGGCGUGAGUACAAGGUCAAGGACAUGUCUCAGGCCGACUUCGGCCGUCUCGAGAUCGAGCUCGCCGAGGUCGAGAUGCCUGGACUCGUCUCUUGCCGCACCGAGUUCGGACCUUCUCAGCCCUUCAAAGGCGCUAGGAUCACCGGUUCUCUCCACAUGACGAUCCAAACCGCCGUUCUCAUCGAAACGCUAACCGCUCUCGGCGCAGAGGUCAGGUGGUGCUCCUGCAACAUCUUCUCCACCCAGGACCACGCCGCCGCAGCCAUCGCCCGUGACUCCGCCGCCGUGUUCGCGUGGAAAGGAGAGACUCUCCAGGAGUACUGGUGGUGCACGGAGAGAGCUCUUGAUUGGGGUCCGGGAGGUGGUCCUGACCUGAUUGUUGACGAUGGUGGUGACGCGACGCUCUUGAUCCAUGAAGGUGUUAAGGCUGAAGAGAUCUUUGCCAAGACCGGUCAGGUCCCUGAUCCGACAUCUACUGAUAAUCCUGAGUUUCAGAUUGUGUUGUCGAUUAUUAAAGAUGGUCUUCAAGUUGAUCCCAAGAAGUACCAUAAGAUGAAGGAGAGAUUGGUUGGUGUUUCUGAGGAAACGACCACUGGUGUUAAGAGGCUUUACCAGAUGCAGGAGACUGGAGCUCUUUUGUUCCCUGCCAUUAACGUCAAUGAUUCCGUCACUAAGAGCAAGUUUGACAACUUGUAUGGAUGUCGCCACUCUCUCCCCGACGGUCUCAUGAGAGCCACUGAUGUCAUGAUCGCCGGAAAGGUCGCUGUUAUCUGCGGUUAUGGUGACGUCGGAAAGGGUUGUGCUGCGGCCAUGAAAACCGCUGGUGCCCGUGUCAUCGUCACUGAGAUCGAUCCAAUCUGUGCCCUUCAGGCUCUCAUGGAAGGCCUUCAAGUUCUAACCCUCGAGGACGUUGUAUCAGAAGCUGACAUCUUUUGCACCACCACUGGAAACAAAGACAUCAUCAUGGUCGACCACAUGAGGAAGAUGAAGAACAACGCCAUUAUCUGCAACAUUGGUCACUUUGACAACGAAAUCGACAUGCUCGGGCUCGAGACUUUCCCUGGUGUGAAACGUAUCACCAUCAAGCCGCAGACUGAUAGGUGGGUGUUUCCCGACACCAAGACAGGCAUCAUUGUGCUAGCAGAGGGUCGUCUGAUGAACUUGGGUUGUGCUACUGGACACCCAAGUUUCGUGAUGUCGUGCUCGUUCACCAACCAGGUGAUUGCACAGCUUGAGCUCUGGAACGAGAAGUCGAGUGGGAAGUAUGAGAAGAAGGUGUAUGUUCUGCCUAAGCAUUUAGAUGAGAAGGUAGCUGCACUUCACUUGGGCAAGCUCGGUGCUAGACUCACCAAGCUCACCAAGGACCAGUCUGACUACGUCAGCAUACCCGUUGAAGGUCCUUACAAGCCUGUUCACUACAGGUACUGAGAAGAAAAAAGGACCAAGCUUUGGUUGGGAAAAACAUGAGAUAUUGGUCUUCUUAUGAGGUUGACCAAAUAUUGGUAUGAAUAAGGGGUUGUUGUUAUUGGCUUUGAGAGGCUGUUUCUUUGUUUUGUUUUUCAUUUUAUAUCAUCUCAAGAUGAAUUAGUUUAUGUUUUUACACUCUUGUUAGGCUUUAUCUAAUUGAUGUUCUUUUUUUACUGGUUUUACUUUUCGAACAAGUGAGGAAACAACGUACGUAAAGCUAUCUUCGGCUUCAUGUUAUUAGAGAUCUUUUGUCUGCUUUGAAUUUGU